AUGGCUGACGACAACCUCGCCAAUACAAGGGUCCGAACCGGGUCAUCUUCGGCCGAGCAUACUUCCACAGACGACCAAGCGAACGAGCUACACGAUAGGGUUGCAAAGGUCGCGGAGCGAUUGUCAAUAUCUUCUGGUUCUGGGGAGUGGCAGUCAGAAGUACUCACGCCCACGCCGGGCAGCAAGCUUGAUCCCUCGUCCCUAGCAUUUGACGCACGAGUUUGGGUAAAAGAGUUUAUCAGACUAACGGAAUCGGACCCUGAUUCUGCACCUUCGCGCUCCCUUGGCGUUGCCUUCAAGAAAUUGGGUGUGUUUGCAUAUACCACCGCCGCAGAGUUCCAAAAGACCACAGGGAAUGUCAUAAUUGGACUCACAACAUAUCUAGCAAGGUGGCUUAGUGGAAAUCGAGAUGGCAGACGUGUGGACAUUCUACGCAACUUUGAAGGUGUUAUAGAAAAGGGAGAAAUGUUGCUGGUGCUGGGUCCCCCUGGCUCUGGCUGCUCUACACUUCUCAAGACGCUAUCAGGGGAAACGGCGGAUUUGAAUAUUACCCCAGACUCUUAUAUCAACUUUCGAGGAUUAGACGUGGCCAAUAUCCGCUCUUCCCUCCGCGGGGAUGUUCUAUAUAAUGCUGAGCUCGAUGUCCACCUGGCACAUCUAACUGUUGGAGAGACUUUGACGUUUGCUUCUCGCGCUCGCUCUGUCCGACACGUUCCAGGAGGCUUUGACCGCCAUCAGCUCAACACGGUACGCCGCAAUGUCAUGAUGGCCAUAUUUGGCCUGAAUCAUACUAUAAACACGCAUGUUGGAGAUGACCUCGUGCGUGGUGUCAGUGGUGGAGAGCGCAAGCGAGUCAGCAUCGCCGAGGCUUCUCUGACUGGAGCCAAGUUUCAGUGCUGGGACAACUCUACACGCGGGCUCGACAGCGCCAAUGCUAUCAAUUUUUGCAGCAACCUGCGCCUCCAGGCAGAUCUACUUGAUGUAACGUCUGUGGUCACCUUGUACCAAGCACCCCAGUCAGCCUAUGAUCUCUUUGAUCGAGUCACUGUGGUCUAUGAGGGGAGGCAGAUAUUCUUCGGUCGAAUCACUGAAGCCAAGGGCUAUUUUGAAAGCCUGGGCUUUGACUCCCUCCCUAGGCAAACUAUUCCCGACUUUCUGACCUCUAUGACCAGCCCGGAAGAGCGGAGGAUGAGAGCUGGCUUUGAAGACUCCGUACCUCGCUCGGCGGAUGAGUUUGCAGAACGAUGGCAAUCAAGCGAGCAGCGAAAGAACUUACUCUCUGAGCUUGCAUCAUAUGAACAGAGACAUCCCCCAGACGAGAGAACGGCCGAAUACCAUCAUUCCAGGCGAGCUGAGCAGGCUAAGCAGCAGCGCUCCAAGUCUGCUUACACGAUAUCAUACGCUCAACAAAUCUCCCUAGCUCUUUGGCGCGCUUACCGGAGAUUGCUGGCUGACCCUGGGUUCACCAUCGCUUCUCUUUUGUUUAACGUCGUGAUGGCGCUCAUUUUGGGAAGCAUGUUCUACGACCUCAAGCCGAAUACAUCCAGCUUCUACUAUCGUGGAGGACUCAUCUUCUUCUCGCUCCUUUUCAAUGCUUUUGCAAGCCAGUUGGAGGUCCUGACAAUCUAUGCCGAACGUCCCGUUGUCGAGAAGCAGAAUCGCUAUGCUUUCUAUCACCAGUCCGCUCAGGCAAUUGCGAGCUACUUGACGGAUCUACCCUACAAGAUUGUGAAUAUGUUUGUGUUCAACAUUCUUAUUUACUUCAUGGCAAAUCUGAGGCGAGAGGCGGGUGCUUUCUUCUUUUUCUGCCUCACCACACUCCUCACCACUCUGGUUCAGUCAGCCGUUUUCCGCACAUUGGCCUGUAUAACCCGGACAUCCGAUCAGGCUAUGAUCCCUAGCGCCGUUCUAAGCCUUGGACUGAUGAUAUACACCGGUUUCACCACACCACCAGAGUAUAUGCCUGGGUGGUCGCGUUGGAUGGCGUACAUCAAUCCCUUGGCAUACGGCUUCGAGGCUUUGAUGGCAAAUGAAUUCCACCAUCGGGAGUUUCACUGCGUAGACAUGGUGCCAAGCGGACAAGGGUACACAAACCUUCCGUCUGAAUCGCAAAUCUGCUCUAUUGUUGGGUCGGAGGCCGGUUCGGCCUUUGUCAAUGGAGACAACUAUAUCAACAGGUCUUUUGACUACUGGAAUGUGCACAAAUGGAGAAACAUCGGUAUUCUCUGCGCAUUCUUGGCCUUCUUUUUCCCUGCCUACGUGCUUGCUGCGGAGCUUGCGAAACCACCAAGAACACGCGGCGAAAUCUUAGCGUUCCGUCGUAACAAAGGCUCUCCUAAGCCAGAAAAGGCACUGUCCUUGGACGCCGAGAAUCAAAUGCAAGGUCGUCCAGUGGUAGCGGAAAAGCUGAAUCCUCUAAGCCGGUCAGACGACAUGGUAGUUGGAAAGGAUGUCUUUCACUGGGAAGAUCUCUGUUACGACAUCGAAAUCAAGGGCGGAACCCGCCGCCUUUUGGACCAUGUUGAUGGCUGGGUCAAGCCCGGCGUGUCAACUAUUCUCAUGGGUGUGUCUGGUGCAGGCAAAACAACCUUGCUGGACGUUCUGGCAACUCGCGUCACCACGGGUGUCGUAACUGGCAGUACAAUGGUCAAUGGUAACCCGACCAAUCCCUCCUUCCAGCACAAGGUUGGCUAUGUUCAGCAGCAAGAUCUCCAUCUCAGCACAAUGACGGUUCGCGAAGCGCUUCGGUUCAGUGCCGUUCUUCGUCAAUCUGCAGAAAUAACGCGAUCUCAAAAGCUCAACUACGUGGAGCAUGUCAUCGACACACUGGAAAUGCGAGAAUUUUCGGACGCUGUCAUUGGUGUUCCUGGAGAGGGGCUCAAUGUUGAACAACGCAAACGUCUCACAAUUGGCGUGGAACUCGCCGCUCGACCACAACUGUUGAUCUUCUUUGAUGAGCCUACUUCAGGAUUGGAUUCGCAGACUUCCUGGUCCAUUUCUGAACUCAUCAAGAAAUUGACGAAUAGCGGCCAGGCAGUUCUCUGCACAAUCCAUCAGCCCUCCGCUAUUCUCUUUGACCAGUUCGAUCGACUUCUUCUUAUCGCCCCAGGAGGCAAGACAGCUUACUUUGGUGAUUUGGGAAGUGGUGCUUCAACCAUGAUUAACUACUUUGAAAAAAACAAUGCCCCUGCAUGCCCCGCGGGUGCCAACCCCGCUGAAUGGAUGUUGCAGGUGAUUGAACCGCCUACAGAUGGCUCGAAAGCACCAGACUGGCACCAGGUAUGGCUGGAUUCUCUAGAAUAUCAGACUGUCAAGGCGGAGCUUGGUCGCCUUCGUGCUCUUCCAGCAACAGAAGCCGCAGAUAAUGAAGACACCACAGAUGGAGACACCUCCCAGCAUCAGGAAUUCGUAGCCUCUUUCUGGACACAGUUCGGCCAGGUUUUACAACGCACUUGGAAGCAUCUCUGGCGAUCACCGACUUACAUUUGGUCCAAAACCAUACUGAUUGUCCUUUCAUCUCUCUACCUCGGCUUUAGUUUUGAGGCCAACAAUUCCAUCCAAGGGCUGCAAAACCAACUGUGGGCUAUCUUCAUGCUGCUCGUGCUGUUCAUCAACAUCAAUGAGCAAAUAAUGCCCAUGUUCCUACCCCAGCGAGCGCUGUACGAGGCGCGUGAACGUCCGUCAAAGAUUUACAGGUGGACAACAUACUUACUUUCCAACAUCCUCAUUGAGCUCGCAUGGCAUACCCUUAUGGCGGUCAUCAUGUACUUUUGUUGGUAUUACCCAGUGGGCUUUAUCAGAAACACCUCGUCCGAUGACCAGGCUAUCCGCGGCUUCCUCGUCUUCCUCUUUUUAUGGGUUUACCUGCUAUUCACGAGCACCUUUGCCCACUUCGCCAUUUUCUGGAUUGAUCUUCCGGAAACUGCAGGCGUACUAACCAGUCUUUUCUGGAUGCUUUGUAUCCUGUUCUGCGGAGUCGGGGUCCCCAUACUUGACCUUCCAAAGUUUUGGUCCUUCAUGUAUCGUGUUUCGCCCGCAACAUACCUUGUUGGAGGCAUCAUGUCCAACGCAGUUGCCAACUCCAACGUUACAUGUGCCGACCGCGAGAUCCUCCGUAUGGUUCCGAUUGGAAACCUUACCUGCGAAGAAUUCCUGGGUGCUUAUAGGGAGGCUGCCGGUGGCUUGGUACUAAAUCCGGCAGCGCGAAGCAUGUGCGAAUACUGCCCACUUGCCACCACUAAUGAGUUCCUUGAUCGAUUUCAAAUUUCGUAUGACACGAGGUGGCGGGACUUUGGCCUCAUAUGGGUCUAUAUCUUAGUUAACAUUGUGGCAGGGCUAGGGCUUUACUGGGCGUUCAAGGUCCCUAAAAAGGGAAAUAGCAAGCGUGCUUGA